AUGAUGGUAAUGAAAUCGGUAUUUUUAUUGAUCAUCUUUUGCGUAUAUAGCAGCGUCAAUGGAAUAAUCGCAUCAGCAAAUAAGCAAACAAUGCUUGAUGAAAAUCGAACACCAAAACGGAACAAUCCACUCGAAGUUCCAUCCGUUAAAACAACAUGUGAUGAAUGUAAAACAUUGAUCACGAAAUUCGCAGAGGCGAUGAAGAAUCCAAAGAAGAUUGCCGAAUUGAAAGCGAUUCUCCGUUUCUUCUGUCACGAAACUUCAUACAUUGAAGAAUGCAAAGAAUUCGUUGAUAAAUUGGAUUAUUUCAUCGCUCGUUUAGAGCCAUAUUUGGUGUGUUCGUUUUUACUUGUUUAUGAUUUAUUUCAUCAUUUUCAAUGCUUUGCGCAAAAAUUUUCAAAAUGUUGUUCUUUUCAGAACGAUCUCAUUUGUGAGGAAUGCGAAUUCGCUGCCACUGAACUGAAAACUUUGGUUGAUAAAAAGGAAACUGCGGAUAAAGUGAAAAAAUUCUUAUCUGAAAAUGUUUGCUAUUAUUUGAAAAAAUAUCAAGGAUCGUGUGAUCUUAUGCUCGAUCAGUUCAUACCAGAGCUUUUCGAAGAGCUCAGUAAAUUGCUCAGUAAUCCGAAACAGUUUUGUGCCGAAAUUGGACUGUGUAAGAAAGAGCGCAUUCUCAUGGAGAAUCGCAACGAGAAGAAGGUCAGUGUUUUUUCGGGAUUCAAAUUAUGA